GAGAUUUUAUCAAUCUUGGUAAAUCAGUGAAUAUCCACAUGGCUUUUCUGCUGCGUACCCUAGUGCUGCUUUUAGGAGUUCAAGGUAUAAACUCUCUAUGGACAGUAAGCAAGAUUACAGUUCAAAGUGGGGGAUCCGUUACCAUUCCCUGUCACUAUUACCGUCAACACAAGGAUCUUGUAAAGAUAUGGUGCAAAGGCAAGAGGUGGAUGACCUGCGUGAAGAUGAGACCUACCAAUCAACAGAACCGAACCGGGAUCAGCUUUUACGAUAGCCCAGAUGAACUGGUAACGACCAUGACAAUGACAAACCUACGCAGCAGUGAUUCAAACCGCUACUGGUGUGCAGUGAAAACAGGAGGCUCCCACGUGAGAACAUCUCUGGAACUUUCCAUCACUGAGGGAACUCCAGAUUUGUCAGUGGCCAAUAACAGGGUGUCUGGUGAAGAGGACAGCAAUGUCACCAUCCGGUGUCUCUACAGUGACAAACUUAGAGAUACUGAGAAAAAAUGGUGCAUUAGUGGGGACUUGAACUCCUGUCAAACAGCUCAGGAUAUAGAGGCGUCCCCUGGCGCAGAUCUGCAAAUAAAUGACACAGAUGACGGUGUUUAUACUGUGACACUGAUUGGAGUGAAGAAGACAAACGCGGGCUGGUAUUGGUGUAUGGCUGGAGAAUGGCAGGUUCCUGUUCAUAUCACUGUCAAUUCAAGGCAGAUGUUUACAGAUGGGAAUACAAGUUCUUCCACAUUUACCACAGCACCAUCCUUCAUCUCAACGUACUCCACUGCUGUUCACAACCAUAGUCCAGUGGCAACACUUGAACCUACAAAAGCAAAAUUACCUGAAAGUACUUCCGUUCACACAUUUACAGCAUCCCCAAAGCAGUUUCAGUCAACAAUACCGUCAUCCUCAUCCUAUCCGACAUCAACAAAGAACUCAAAAGAGGACUCGUCCCAAAGCAGCAGUACCAUUAGGACAAAGAAACCACUAGCCAGCAGAUCCACAACUCCAUUUGUUGAUAAGAGCUCUGCAGUUACUGUUUCAUUUAAAGAAACAAUAUCUGUACCCUCUGGAUAUGGAUCCAGAAACCUUAUUUGGGUGGUUUUACUAGUUUGUGUGGUACUCACAUUGUUUACUGGUAUUGCUUGGAAAUUGUGGUCAUGGCAGAAGAAGGCAAAUGGAGGAGAGGAAGCAACAGAAUUAACAGCAGAAUUACAUGUUGACGAAAGAGUUGAUCUACUGAGCAAUGAACUUACGAAUACUUCAUGACAAUAACUGUCCUAAUAACAUAACCUCCUUAGAGAUAUUGUAGAGUUUUAAAGGUGAGAACAGAAUAUUUCUUAAAUCUACUUGUACAAAUGAUACUGUGUGUAUUUGUUAAUUAAAUAAUGCCAUUUAAUUU